CUUCACACCAACUCUAUCCACCACCUCACACCAACUUCUACCAAUCCAACACCAAACCACCACCAUGGCUAGCACCACCGCCACCACCCUAACCCGCUACAAACUAAUCUUCUUCGUUCCCCCCUCCUCCCUCUCCGCCUGCAAAACCGCCAUCUUCGCAGCCGGCGCCGGCCGCUACCCUGGUCCGGGAUCUUACACCGAAGUCUGCUGGACCACCCUCGGCACAGGCCAGUUCCGUCCUGGGGAUGCAGCGAAACCUGCUAUUGGGAGUGUGGGGAAGCUCGAGGAGGUGGAGGAGGUGAGGGUCGAGGCGCUGUGUCAGGGGGAGGAGGUGGUUAGACGGGCGGUUGGGGCGUUGAAGAGUGCGCAUCCGUAUGAAGAGCCUGCGUAUGAGGUUGUUAAGCUUGAGGAUUUCUGAGGAGCUCCUUUUGAGAGUGGCGUGGAUUAGGGAGGCAUACCCAUCGUAACCACUGGUAGCAGAGGCAAUCAUCAAGACAAAACCAAGGGAAUAGAGCUUCCUCAAGUGAGGCUCUGACCUCCAAUAGACCUUCUCAAAGUCCGGUGCCUCUGCCUGGGCAACCUGGGCCUUGUCCUCCGCGGCUUUGGCGCCGAUUUCUGGAGCUUUCACCAUACUGAUGAGCAAAAUAGAGCAAUUGGGGUAUAAAUUUGGAGCACUGGUAAGGGAGCUAGUAGCUGUCGAAUUCAAGGCCUAACUAGAGGGAAGAACCAACUUCGAUAAUCCGGUCUCCCCCAAAUCGAGGCGAUGCAUGCCCAUAUAUGUCCGGGGAAUGGCUAAGGUGCCGGGGUGCAGUAUUUACCCUGUGAAGUGCCUUGACUCUGGCUCUCUAUAUUUGCUACUUCUCAUGUUCUUCGGAAGCUAGGCAUCUUUCAGCCGGGCCGUGAGUUAGGAUAUCGAACCACGUUUGUGUAAUCACAUGGUUGGCAUGAAAAUCUCACCGCUGGCUCUGCUAAGUUGUGAUAAUUUGGUGGCGGCAGCAGCCGACUGAGCAAGCCAACCUGUAUGCACAGCUCAAAAGCGCCACCCGGGAGUGAUGGAACAUCUGCCUUUUCCCGAGGAUUUAGCCAUCAAUCAUACCAAGAAGCCGUGCAUACCAAAUCAAGCUUCAAUAAUUGGACACUACUCUGCCUAGACGCAUUUACCCAGGUCUGUUUUGAGAAGUUCAACGGCGGACAUGGGAAGUGAUUGGCAGAGUUGUGGACUCAGGUGAAGGGUAUGAGUGUGUUUUGACACCAACAACCCGUCGAAAUUAGACCCUGUUCAAUAAGUCCGACUCAACCCCAUCAUUCGAUUCGACGACGGUAGUGUUGGCAACGGGUAUUUAGCCAAAAUUCCUUUAGAGACAGGAACAUUGAAUGAGGGGUGGUGUAUGUGGCGUAUAUGGUGUGGUGUGCUAAGACGGCUAAGUGAGUGGUUGCCGCAACAUGGCGUCUUGUCUUGUUGUUCCAGAACAAUUGGGGGAUUACACGACAGUUCGACGGCUGGGGCCAAGGCG